AUAUCUGCAACAUAAAUUUGUGAUAUCCUAUUGUUGGCAUCAACAUUUUGAAUCACUUCAUACGAGAGAUCAUAACGGAUCUUGUAAAGCGUGCAACGCUUGACUUCCUGGGGACACGGGGUAAGUGGCACUUGUUUGCUCGGAUUGAGGUCAUUAAUCUACAUUUCAACAUGGCACAGCUCCAAGGGUACGGCUAUCCGCCUCCUGUAGAAAAUAGUGGACCUCCAAAUCAAUACGGUGGUUAUCCACCGCCUCAGCAAGGUUAUCCACCACCUCAGCAAGGUUAUCCGCCGCCUCAAGCUGGUUAUCCACCGCCACAGGCUGGUUAUCCACCACCACAACAACCUGGAUAUGCUCCGACACAACCAGGCUAUGCACCUCCUGUCAACCAACAACCUGGGUAUGCUGCCCCAGGACAAAGCCAGUGGAUGCAAGCUCCUCCAGCGCCAGCAAACUGUCCACCUGGUUUGGAAUACCUCACCCAAAUCGAUCAGCUUUUGGUAAAACAGCAAGUCGAACUACUGGAAGCUUUCACGGGCUUCGAGACGAACAAUAAGUACAAGAUUUUAAACAGCAUGGGGCAGCAAGUGUUUUUUGCUGCGGAAGACACAGAUUGUUGUACUCGGCAAUGCUGUGGUCCAGGCAGACCUUUUGAAAUGAAAAUCUUAGACAAUCUCCAGCGGGAAGUUAUCCAUCUGACACGCCCACUGCGUUGCUCAUCUUGUUUCUUUCCAUGCUGCCUUCAAGAGAUUGAAGUACAGUCACCCCCUGGGACUGUUCUUGGUUACUGUGCUCAAGAGUGGUCGAUUUGUAUUCCAAAGUUUGAAAUUCAAAAUGCUCAGAGGGAAACAGUGUUACGCAUUGAGGGACCUUUUUGUCAGUGUAACAUCUGUGGAGAUGUUGAAUUCCAGGUACUCUCUGCAGAUGGCCAAAACCAGGUUGGAAAGAUUUCCAAACAGUGGAGCGGCCUUGCCAAGGAAGCGUUCACUGACGCCGAUAACUUUGGCAUCACAUUUCCUAUGGACCUUGAUGUAACAACAAAAGCUGUUGUUCUUGGUGCUUGUUUCCUUAUUGAUUUCAUGUUCUUUGAGCAAGCACAGGGCCACGACGAUCAUAAUUAAUUCAAUCUCGAAACGUUAUAUAUCACUCUUACAACGCAAGUACUAUGUUGAUCAUCUCUCGUCAAAUGUUAAGUUUGUGACAUUAGUAUAAAUAGAGACAAACAGAAUUUUAGAUGCCCGUGAAGAGUAGGUUGAACCUUAUAAGAAGAUAUGAUGGCGACCGAUCGCUAGAGAAGCUUGAAAUGUAGGUUUUGUGUUUUAAAUUGCUUUACUAUUUUGCCAUUAAAUUGUAGUAAAGUAUCGCAAAGUAAAUUAAGUAUACAGAAACUAGAGAGAUGCGUAGGAACACAGGCAGAAGUUUUUUAACUCGUCCCCAGUCUUCUCUCGUUA